ACGUACGGGAAUGCUCUAGGACUCCAGGCGGCUUCGCCGCUGUCCAGAUUAUUUUAGGUCUAAGGCUCAGACGAUCCACACGCCAUUCCUUCAACGUGAUUUUAUCUGUGGGCAGCGUGACGUAGACAGGGGCGAUGUGAAACACUGCAGGAGAAAUAGGGAUGAAUGAAGAUUGCGAGCUGCUGUGGGAAUGCAGGCUGAAAUGCGGAAUGAACGGCAGGCUGGCGCUUGCUGGUAUAGACGGCGUUGUGGCGUUAGACGCGCUCGGAAGAGAAAGGCUGAUGGUACUAGAAGAAGAGAUGUCUGUUCGAGCCGAGACGCUCGCGGAUGGUGGUACCCAGCCUGAUUCUGAGGCCAGAGUGUUGGCGCGUCCGGGCGGAAACACGCUGUACUCACACCCUUGCAGGUUCCGGAGCGGUGCAAAGGCAGACGCGUGGACAGAUGGCCGAGUGGCUUCAAUGAUAGCGUCGUUUCUUGUACUUGUAGGGGCCAUCAGCAGACGGUCGACUAGCAGGGGUGGACGCGAGGACUCGGGCAAGCCCGCGCGGGCGCAGAAUUCGUUCCAGACGCUCGACAUGUCGCCGUAUAUUGCCGAGAGGUCUAGCUGACGCGCAGUUGUCGUUCCUGCUAGGAGGAGUUGGGCUGAUGCGCUCGUCUCGCGUUCGUACCGGUUGCUGAUGGACCGCAAGCGUUUAAACAUCUCCUCGAUCCA